UCGCUUUCUCUCUCUCUCUCUCUCUCUCUCUCUCUCUUACUCCAUCCCGAGCUCGCUCUCUCCCAUUCAUGGCGAAUGCGAAAAAUGGGAGCUGCGACGGAGCUCUAAAGGAGGUGCGGAGGAGCGAUUUCCCGGAGGGUUUCGUUUUCGGCGUCGCCACUUCCGCUUACCAGGUUGAAGGGGCAAGAAGAGAGGGAGGCAAGGGUGACAGCAUUUGGGAUGUUUUCUGCGAGAAAAAAGAGAAUAUCAUGGACAGAAGCAAUGGCGAAAUUGCAGUGGAUCAAUAUCAUCGCUAUAAGGAAGAUGUUGAGCUUAUGGCCAAGUUAGGCUUUGGCGCUUAUCGAUUUUCCAUAUCUUGGCCUCGCAUAUUCCCUGAUGGUCUGGGAACUAAGAUCAGUGCCGAGGGGGUCGCCUACUAUAACAACCUCAUUGAUUCCCUGUUAGAGAAAGGUAUUCAGCCUUAUGCGACUCUAUAUCAUUGGGAUCUUCCUUAUAACCUACAUAAUUCUAUGGGAGGAUGGCUAUCUGAGAAGAUUGUGGAAUAUUUUGCGCUGUAUGCAGAAGCUUGCUUUGCCAAUUUUGGAGACAGAGUAAAACACUGGAUAACAAUCAAUGAACCUCUUCAAACUGCUGUAAAUGGUUAUGGUGUUGGAAUUUUUGCUCCUGGAGUACGUGAAGAUACAUCCAUCGAACCUUACUUGGCCGCCCAUCACCAACUCUUGGCCCAUGCUGCAGCCUAUGCUGUGUACAAGGAGAAGUUUAAGGCUACACAAGGUGGUGACGUGGGGCUGGUUCUUGAUUGUGAAUGGGCGGAGGCAUUUUCAGAUAAAGAAGAAGAUAAGAUUGCUACAGAGAGACGGCUUGAUUUUCAGCUUGGCUGGUACUUGGAUCCGAUCUUCUAUGGUGACUAUCCUGCAGUUAUGCGACAGAGGCUAGGAGAUAAACUUCCAAAAUUAUCAGAGAAAGAUAAAGAACUGCUGAGUAAUGCGAUCGAUUUUGUCGGUCUGAAUCAUUAUACAUCAAGGUUUAUUUCUCAUGUGCAGAAGCCACGAGGUAUUCAUUUCUACCAGGUGCAAGAAAUGGAAAGAAUAGCUAAAUGGAACAAUGGUGAAGUGAUUGGUGACAAGGCUGCGUCUGAGUGGCUUUACAUAGUUCCUUGGGGCAUCAGGAGAACCCUCAAUUAUAUAGCAACAAGAUAUCGCAAUCCCAAAAUAUAUGUAACCGAGAAUGGCAUGGAUGAAGAAGACAGUGAAAUUUCGACUCUCAGUGAGGCCUUAAAUGAUAUAAAGAGAGUGGGAUAUUUUAAGGGAUAUAUUGCUGCAGUUGCACAAGCAAUAAGGGAUGGCGCCGAUGUUCGAGGAUACUUUGCAUGGUCCUUCUUGGACAACUUCGAGUGGGCUCAAGGAUACACCAAGCGGUUUGGUUUGGUCUACGUCGACUACAAGAACGGGCUCACGAGGCACCCGAAAGCGUCGGCGCUGUGGUUCUCUCGCUUCUUGAAGGGUGAAGAUGAUGAAGACAACAACAAUACUGAGAUCAACAAGGGUUAACUCUUUCUAUGUUAUUUCGACUUAUACCGAGAAAUGAGUGAUGAACAAAUUGUGGAAUUUUAAUCUGUUUGGCUCAGCUUUUUUCCAACAGUUUCUAUACUUGAGAAGUAGAAGUCAAACGAUUUGGCGACAAAAAACACCUAGAAAUUCUCGCUAGAAUGAGAAUUCUUAAUGGGGUUUUUGGCACUCUUUUGCUUCAACAAAGCUAUUGUGAGAGGAUUUUAAUGUAAGAACAGUUAGAGCUUUUAAACAAAGCACUUUCUCAGGUGGAGCUUAUUCAAAAGCUCCACCAGAGUGCCAUUUUCCUCUUUUACU